AUGAUAGGUACCAAAAAUUAAUGGACGAAUUAGAAUCUGGGAAUUAGGGUUUAGGGAUUAAAACAUGCUGGGCAGAGCACACAGCUUCUUCUUCCCCAACUCACAACAACCCAAAGCCACAACCAGCUUCGAGAAGCCUCUGAAUGAAAGACAAACCGCAAAUUCGCAGCUCAGUCACGACACAUUCAACGAUAUGGCUACACCAUUGUUGGCUGGUCUUGCAGUAGCUGCUACUGCCCUUGCUGGUAGAUAUGGUAUCCAGGCUUGGCAUGCGUUCAAGACACGACCACCAAAAGCUAGAAUGCGGAAAUUUUAUGAAGGUGGCUUCCAGCCGACAAUGACAAAGAGGGAAGCAGCUCUUAUUCUUGGCAUCAGGGAAAGUGCAGCUGCAGACAAGGUCAAGGAAGCACAUAGAAAGGUCAUGGUCGCGAACCAUCCUGAUGCGGGUGGCAGUCAUUACCUUGCUUCCAAAAUCAAUGAAGCUAAAGAUGUGAUGCUCGGGAAGACAAAGGGCAGCGGAUCAGCAUUUUGACGCCAUUUCGACGCCUUUGAAAAUGCCUCGACUUCAAGUAGUGUGCUAAUCAGUAAAAUGCCCCCCUUCGCCUCCUCUCUCUAAGGUAUUUUUGCUGGAAUGUACGAUCUUGAGAAAAAUGGGAAUUCCAUUGCAUCUGUCUGUGUAGGUUCAAAUUUUGUUCAAAUUGAUUGUAUUCGAGUUUGUGAUAUUGAAUGCCAUAAAAAGAGGGCAAAGGAAAGGCCUUUCAGAUGCUUUUAA